AUUAAUUUUCCAUUCUAUCUAUCUUCCUCUCCUCUCAGAAGCAAAGAAGCAACCUCUCUGAUUACAAACCAUCUGCCCCUUAGGGAUUCCCAGAUCUUCUUUCGAUCUCUCCGGCGCAAACUCAUCUCGUCGGGUCGGAUAGUCCGACCUUCCAAUUAACCGAUUCCGUUUCAAAUCAACCAACCGAUUGAUUAGAAAUGGAUUUCUUCUUCUGCUGAGCAUCUCUGUAUCUUCACCUUCGUUGCUCUACGACAGCUCGAUUUACCCCCACCUCUACAAGCUCUUCUUCAAGCUCGUAGUCAUGGCGAUUCGAAUCACCUUCACCUACUCCUCCUAUGUCGCUCGCAACCUCUCCUCCUCCGCCUCCGCCGGAGUCCGUCUCGGCUCCGGCGGGGAUCUCCGAUCCUGCUUCCUCAAUCCGAGGUUCUUCUCCCACAAGCCGGAUCCUGACAGGUCCCCCAAGAUCCGACCCGGGUCGACGAUGUACAACACCAGCAUCGCCACGGAAGGGAGGCAGAGUCCGCUCGUGAUGGGUCUGAUCUCUGUUCUCAAGUCAACGUCUGCUCCUCCCGAGUCAACGCUCCUCGGUGUUUCGCCGUCAAAGUCUUCUUCAUCUUUGAUUCCGUGGAUGAAUCCGCUGAGGAUUGAUGACGUGGACAGGGGAGGAACGGCGUUUGAGGGUUAUGAUGGUGACGAGGAUGAUGAGAAGGAGUCGAGUGGUGGAAGCGGAUGGGUUAAUAGGCUUCUGAGUAUGUGUUCGGAGGACGCUAAGGCUGCUUUCACGGCGGUCACGGUGUCUCUGCUUUUCCGAUCUGCUCUCGCCGAGCCCAAGUCGAUUCCUUCCGCGUCUAUGUACCCCACCCUUGACGUGGGUGAUCGUGUUAUGGCAGAGAAGGUCUCGUACAUUUUCAGGAAGCCGGAGAUUUCGGAGAUUGUGAUCUUCAAGACUCCUCCAAUCUUGGUGGAACAUGGUUACAAUUCCAAUGAUGUUUACAUUAAGAGGAUUGUGGCAAGUGAAGGUGACUGGGUUGAAGUUCGUGAUGGGAAGCUCCUUGUGAAUGAGAAUGUGCAAGAAGAAGAUUUUGUCUUGGAGCCAAUGUCCUAUAAAAUGGAACCAAUGUUUGUCCCCAAAGGUAAUGUCUUCGUCCUCGGAGACAACCGCAACAAAAGCUUUGAUUCUCAUAACUGGGGUCCACUCCCGAUAGAGAACAUUCUUGGAAGAUCUGUGUUCCGGUACUGGCCACCGAGCAAAGUAUCAGACACCAUGUACCACGACCAAGCUGUGGCAAAGGGAUCUGUUACUGUUUCAUGACAAAAUAAAAAGCUGGAUGCUUUCUUAAGAUUAAGCACAUGAUUGUGCAAAACCAGUCUGGUCAGGAAUUGAAAACUCAAAAACAUUAUGUAGCCGCAGCUACAUGAUGUUGGUUAUGGAUCGUAUCAUCUGGUUGCCGCUGAAAGGUGGGAAGCCGGAUAAAUUAUGUGUAGAAAAAAGGAAUGGAAGGUGCAAACUGUAGAAGGUUUUUUUGCUAAUAAUUGUUGUGUGUGUUUAAAGCUUUAAUGUUAAGGCAAUUAUUGUCACAAGUUUUUUUGUUGUUGUUGUAUUAUUUCUGUGUUUAUGUAUAACAAUCCUGUAAACCUUUGUUGUUGUUAAGUAAUAAAACCCAAUAUGGGAUAAUUGUUAAUUUAA